AUGGCGAGUUGCUCCUUCGCUCGCGACCAGGCGACAAGGAGGCUGAGAGCGGCAGCAGCGGCAACGGCGGCAGCUCUAGCUGCGGUGGCGACCACCCCACUUCUUUCCUCGGGAACCCCGACCGCACUCAUUGGGUCCGGGUCGUCUUGUCCGGGAGCCAUGUGGCUCUCCACGGCCACUGGCUCCCGGUCAGACUCCGAGUCCGAUGAGGAGGACCUCCCCGUCGGGGACGAAGUCUGCAAACGCGGCUACCUGCGGAAGCAGAAGCAUGGGCACAGGCGCUACUUCGUGCUCAAACUCGAGACCGCCGACGCCCCAGCUCGGCUGGAAUACUACGAAAAUGCCAGGAAGUUCCGGCACAGUGUCCGCGCCGCGGCGGCUGCAGCGGCGGCGGCCGCCUCUGGCGCCGCGGUCCCCGCGCUCAUCCCACCGCGGCGCGUGAUUACCCUGUACCAGUGCUUCUCUGUGAGCCAGCGGGCCGACGCAAGGUACCGACACCUCAUCGCUCUUUUCACCCAGGACGAGUACUUCGCUAUGGUGGCCGAGAACGAGUCGGAGCAAGAGAGCUGGUACUUGCUGCUCAGCCGCCUCAUCCUCGAGAGCAAGCGCCGCCGCUGCGGCACGCCCGGCGCCCAGCCGGAUGGAGAACCGGCGGCGCUGGCGGCUGCAGCGGCGGCGGAGCCACCCUUCUACAAAGAUGUGUGGCAGGUAAUAGUCAAACCCAGGGGGCUGGGGCACAGGAAAGAGCUGAGCGGCGUGUUCCGGCUAUGUCUUACCGACGAGGAGGUUGUGUUUGUGAGGCUAAAUACCGAAGUGGCCAGCGUGGUCGUCCAGCUCCUGAGCAUCCGUCGCUGCGGGCACUCGGAGCAGUAUUUCUUCUUGGAAGUCGGCAGGUCCACCGUCAUCGGCCCAGGAGAGCUCUGGAUGCAGGUCGAUGACUGUGUGGUGGCCCAAAACAUGCACGAGCUAUUUUUGGAGAAGAUGAGAGCCUUGUGUGCAGACGAAUACAGAGCCCGCUGCCGCAGCUACAGCAUCAGCAUCGGCGCCCACCUGUUAACCCUGCUGUCCGCUAGGAGGCACCUGGACAUGCUGCCGCUGGAACCCAGCGGCUGGCUCAGAAGGUCCCGCUUUGAGCAGUUUUGCCACCUCAGAGCCAUCGGUGACGGGGAAGACGAGAUGCUCCUCACCAGGCGCUGCAUAACACCCAGUGAGCCUGUGCCCCCUUCCAGGCGAGGAAGACUGCACCUGCCCAGAACGCGCAGGUCCAGGAGAGCAAUUUCAGUGCCAGCUGGCUUUUUUCGGCGCUUAGCACCCAGCCCUGUGCGUGCCCCGCACCCAGAAGCCCCCAACGAGGGAACUUGCCUGUCUUCUGAAGCAUCUGGUUCCGGCUCUGGCAACUCUGGGGAAGAAGGCAGUCCUCAGGGCAAAGAGGAUCAGGAAGGAAACAGAGGCGACUAUAUGCCCAUGAACAACUGGGGCUCAGGAAAUGGCCGAGGCUCAGGAGGUGGACAGGGUUCGAGUGGCCAAGGCUCCAGUAGCCAGAGCUCAGGAGGAAACCAGUGCUCAGGCAGGGGGCACGGCUCUGGAAGUGGCCAGGGCUCAAGUGGCAGCCAGGGCUCAAGUGGCCAGGGAUCCGGGGGCCAAGGUGCAGGAGGAAACCAGUGCUCAGGAGAUGGCCAGGGUACCACCGGUGGGCACGGCUCAGGCAGUGGUCAGGGAGCUGGAGGUGGACACGGCUCAGGCCGUGGCCAGGGGCCUGGAGAUGGUCAUGGCUCAGGUGGUGGCAAGAACUCUGGUGGGGGCAAAGGCUCAGGAAGUGGCAAAGGCUCGGAUGGCGAUGGUGAACGUGGGAAAUCUCUGAAGAAAAGAUCCUACUUUGGCAAAUUAACUCAGAGCAAGCAACAGCAAAUGCCACCACCUCUACCACCUCCCCCUCCACCCCCGCCAGUUGCAGCAACUGGUGGGAAAGGGAAGUCUGGAGGAAGGUUCCGACUUUAUUUCUGUGCCGACAGAGGAGCCACAAAAGAACGCAAAGAAGCCAAAGAAGUUAAAGACACAGAGACCCCAGAAGGUGCAGCUCGGGGUCCUUACAGAGCCAGAGCUUUUGAUGAAGAUGAGGAUGACCCAUAUGUGCCAAUGAGGCCAGGGGUGGCUGCCCCUCUCGCAAGCUCCAGUGAUUAUAUGCCAAUGGCUCCUCAAAAUGUCUCUUCUUCGAAAAAGCGCCACUCUCGAUCACCUUUUGAAGAUUCGAGGGGUUACAUGAUGAUGUUUCCCAGAGUGAGCCCACCACCUGCCCCAAGCCCUCCAAAAGUCCCUGAUCCUGAUAAAGAGGAUGACUCAAAGGACAAUGACAGUGACAGUGACUACAUGUUUAUGGCUCCUGGAGCUGGUGCAAUUCCAAAAAACCCCAGAAGUCCCCAGGGAGGCUCUUCCUCCAAAAGUUGGAGCUCCUACUUCUCUCUGCCAAAUCCUUUUCGGAGCUCCCCGCUGGGACGGAGUGACCACAGUGAGUAUGUACCAAUGUUACCUGGAAAAUUCCUGGGGAAGGGCCUUGACAAAGAAGCCUCAUCUACCGGUGGCCCCGAAGAUGUAGCUUCAAAGCCUUCAGUUGCGGGGUCAUUCUCAAAGCCUAGAGACGGAGGAUCACCUUCAAAGCCUUCAGGUGAUGGGCCCCCCAAGAACAAGGCUAAGAGACCUAACCGACUUUCUUUUAUUACAAAAGGAAAUAAAAUCAAGCCAAAACCACAAAAGCCCACACAUGAGCAGAAAGAAGUUGACAGUGCUAGCGACUACGUCAACAUUGACUUCCCCAAGAGAGACAGGAAUACGCCAGCUCCUCGUAUUCAAAGACUGCCAGAUUUGUGGGGCAUAAUUGCCGACCCCAGACAGUUCGCCUUUUCUAAUUACGUGAAUGUGAAGUUCGGAGUGCCAUUUCCAAAUCCAGCAAACGACCUCUCAGAUCUUUUAAGAGCUAUUCCAGGUGCCAACCCCUUCUCUCUGGACGGUGCUAGGUGGCCACUUCCGCCUCUUCCUCCCAGUGCUACAGGUAAUGAUGCUAAUGAGGAAGAAGGUGACUACAUUGAAGUGAUUUUCAACCCAGCGAUGACACCAGCCGUGCCUUUUGCUGACAGUGCCAUUCGCUACGAUGCUGAAACAGGUCGAAUCUACGUGGUCGACCCAUUUUCGGAGUGCUGUAUGGACAUUUCUCUCUCCCCCAGCCGCUGCUCGGAGCCACCACCUGUAGCUAGGCUGCUGUUGGAAGGACAGCUAGAGAGAAGACGCCCUCAAAGCCGCUCGCAAAGUUUCUCUGCAUCCGCCAGAGCCGCUGUCUCGGCUUUCCCAACCGACAACCUGGAGAGAGAUCUCUCCGCCUCCUUCGCAUCGGCGGCGACCGCCGCGCCAGCCUUACCCGUGGGCCGGGCUUUAGCCGCCGCCUCCGCCCUCGUCGCGGCCCCGGGCAUCGGCGCAGCGGCUGCGGGCUUGGAGGCCGCUGCUGGAUUUGACUCCGCCUCUGCCCGCUGGUUCCAACCUGUUGCGAAUGCUGCGGGUGCCGAAGCGGUAAGGGGGCCCCGAGACGCUGCGGGUGGCUCGAACCCUAGAGCCCCAAACCCAUCGGCCGACUCUGCCGGAGGUGAGAAUGGGGCCGGCGGGGCUGCCGCUGCAGCUGCCGCUCCCCCUCCAUCGCCUGGCCGCGGCCGGGUGCGGAGCCCCCUAGAGCGAGACGAUUCUGACAACGACGACAAGUACGUGAGGAUGGACUUUGCCAGACCUGACAACAAGAAGUUCGACUCUCCCCAAAGAGAUUUUUUGAGCAUUCCGUCACAAAACCGUUGCCGCCAUGAGGAGAAGCAUAUUUGAUCUUCUCAUCUGUGAAGGAGACAGUAGUCUGAGUGAUUACAUUGCUACAAAAACACAUUUUAGAAGAGAGGUGAUGCUUAUGGAAUUUCAUCUUUGUCUACUCCAGAUCUGCCUAAAAGAAAAAGAAUUCACAGGCUUCUGAAUAGAAAGCAACCUGAAUUUAUAAAAGCCUACAAGUGGAUGCUGGCAGUUGAAUGAUCCUAACACAGAUCAUUCACACAGCUGCCUUAUGGAUCCAGUGAUUUGGAAUUGAGAAAUUCACACUGUAUUUCGGUUUUGUUUUCUGGUUUCCCUCCUAGAUCCGUCUCUUUGAAAGGAAACAAACACUAUAAAAAUAAGCAUCUCAUAACUCAUUCCCUCUUUUAAAAAAUGUUAAUUACAUAUGUGUAAGUGUGGCCAAUACCAAUUUUACUCAUGUAUAAUACUUAGAUUUAGUCUUAAAGUUGAAAACCCUUGAAAUAAAAGGAGAAAAAGAAUGAGGUUAUGUUCCUAAGAAGGUAGGUAUGAUCUGGAAUCUUUUUUUUUCUGAACAGUACAUACACACAGUGUUUCUUGAUCAAGGAAUUAAACAUCAACUGGACUGAUACCUUGAUGUGACAUUUCUAAUAUUUUAAAGGCGGGACCAAAGGGCAGAUUAUCUCAGUUUUGAUCAUUAACAAAACUGCAGCAUCCUGUCCACAUUAAAUGUUACCUAAACUGCUAUCUUGAUUGAACAUUUCCAACGUUUUAAAGGCAGAACUGAGGAACAGAGGAUCUGUUUCUUCAUAUACAUCACCAUGAUGUUCUGCUUGCAAAUCAAUUGAGCAUUUCCAAAACCAUUAAUUUUUUUGAAACCUACAUUUUCCCCCUAAAAGAAGCAACAUUCUUCAAAAAGUCUCUUCACAAAGACCCUCUCUGCCUCUCUGGGCCUCCCCCUUUCACCCUCCAUUCUUCCCCUCUUUCUGGCUCUUUCCUUGACACACACCCUCCCUCCUAUGCCUAGGGCUCCUAUAAAGAAAUCAGUUUCCCAUAUUCCAGAAAUUAGUGUGGACAUAUCAAUCGAUAUUCUGAUGAAAACUUAAGCCAAAAGGAACCUCUUACAAGGUCUCGUUUCCCUUUGAGUAAUAAGACUAUGUAAGAUGUACCAAAUUAAAAAAAAAAAAACAACCAAACAAUCAGAGCAAGCUCCCCCCUCCCAUUUUUGCUUGCCUCUGAUGGAAACUGAAUUAAGAUUUUAGGAACCUGGACCUUUGAGAACAGGACACUAACAGGUGGUGAUCACAAAGGAUAGGUACAAAGGUCUUGAAGCUUGCUUAGAGCUUUGUUACGUGGUGGCACACGAAUCACGACUUGUCGUGCCAUCACUGGCAAACCUCAUCAUAUCACAGAUGGGUGUGCGUGUCUGUAGAAGUGUGUGAGUGCUAACGUGCGUGCGCAUAUUUGUGUGUAUGCAUACCUUUGUGUACCUGUGUACAUGUGAUUGUAGAUGUACCUGUUGUGUGUAACUCUGUUUAAAAAAAUUGCUUCGCAUUUAACGUGCAACUUUGAAGUAGUGUACUAUUUACCUAAAGUUUUUCACCACUCGGUUUUGACGUCUUUGAACGUGUACUUCUAUCUUCGAGCAGGCUUAUAGUACAUGUGUUGCUACACUAACUUUUCUGAAGAACCGAGUUGACUUCUGUUAUUUUUCCUUGCCUACCAACCAAAGGGAUGGAGGGGCUCUUUUUUUUUUUUUUUUUUUUUUGUCCCUUGUGAACGGUGCUGAGGAGAGGAUGUGGCUGCAGUACCAGUCACUACUCCAGUUACUGGUCACUGCUAGGGGAUCAGUUUCAUCAAUUCCUUCAGACUCUUCUCUUUUUCCAAUCUGAUCAAAUAAUGCAGUGUGGCUUUUGUUCAUUGUGGUAACAAUGCAGUCUUCAGGCAGCCCUUUUUCCAUCCUUCUGUCAGUCACCAUUUUAUUUUCCAGUAAGUUAAGUCAUAAUCGUUCAGAAUUGUGGAAAGAGAAGAUCAUCCGGGGGAAAAUGCUAUAUUGCUUUACUUGCAUAUUAGGUUCAGAGGCUGCCAGCAGACAGGGUACAGCACAGAGGUGACACUUGCUGAAUAAAUGAAUGGGAAACCUCAUACACAACAGUACAAAUAGUAACAGGUACAAAUAGUCACAGGUACAGCAUAACAAAUAUGCAAUCUUUUCACACUACUUCUUAGUUUACAGACACAACUAAUUUAUUCAGUAUUGUGCUGGAAGAAUCUUUUCAGAAUAUGUGUACCAACAUAUCACUGACCUUCCAGCUACCGGUUUAUGCUGCUGUUAAGAAAAACCAAUGAUGGAACGAUUUUUGUGUGUGUGUGAUCUCUACAUUUAAUUUGGUAUCAGACAUAGUCACUUGGUCAGUAAAAACUAAAACUUUACAGUUCCAGCAGUUCAUUACAUUUGCUAUUUCUGCUUCACAGAUCUCCUUUGAGUUGCUCUGGCUUUGUCUUCCUUUGUAAAUACUCUUAUAUUCUUUUUUCUUUGUAAACAUCUCAUUUGCAGUUUGGGGAGACAACCUUGCAACUCUGUAUAGUGUUUAUAUAUAUAUCUGACUUGCCUUUCCAUAGAGCUACUCGCAAUAAA